UUUUUCUCUAAAAAUAAAUGAAACGGCCCUCUGCCGAAGGUCUCCGAGCAAAGUAAGAAGAGAAAGCAGAAGAGAGUGAGAGAGCAGAGUCGCCGAAAACAAAUGGGGUGGGUCGGUGAGCAAAUGGACUCCAUCAAAUCCCUUCAGAUCCGCCAGGUUCUCACUCAGGGUGUCAGCCUCGGCAUGAUUGUUACAUCUGCGCUAAUAAUAUGGAAGGCAUUAAUGUGCAUUACUGGCAGUGAAUCUCCUGUUGUUGUCGUCCUUUCUGGGAGCAUGGAACCUGGCUUCAAGAGGGGGGACAUCUUGUUCUUGCACAUGAGCAACGAUCCUAUUCGUGCAGGGGAGAUUGUUGUUUUUAAUGUUGAUGGCCGUGAGAUUCCCAUUGUCCACCGUGUAAUUAAGGUCCAUGAACGAGAAGAUACUGGAGAGGUUGAUGUCCUCACAAAAGGAGAUAACAAUUAUGGGGAUGACAGGCUUCUGUAUGCUCAUGGUCAGCUCUGGCUUCAACGGCACCACAUAAUGGGAAGAGCUGUGGGGUUCCUACCUUAUGUUGGCUGGGUGACAAUUAUCAUGACUGAAAAGCCAAUAAUAAAGUAUAUUCUUAUUGGUGCAUUAGGGUUGCUCGUUAUAACAUCUAAAGAUUGAAGACUGAAGCGAAUUUAAGCUAUGGUUGAUCUCCAAUGCAGCUGUUUAGCAGCUGUUCUCCUCUUGAAUGUCUCUUGUUCAUUGGACAAGCUAAAUUUUAAAUAUUAAUUAAACUGGAAUUGUUGGUUGAAGUUUUUU